GAUUGUGCCACGAGGUACGACGAGUCGGUCGAUAGGUAUCCUCAGAAAUUCCACUCGAGGAAGCAACGUGACAAGGUGUGCAGUGGCGGGUCGGACGAGUUGUUUUCUCUUUGCUUGUUUAUCCAAAAUCGAAUACAUAUAUCGGAAGGCGAAUCGAUGACGUCUGAUGACGGAUCCACGUUUCAAAAUAACCUCAAUGAUUUCUCCAAACAGAACCAGAUGGAAAUCGCUCAAAACAAAGAUGCUUCUUCCAAAAUACUUCGGCCACGAAAGAUGUUAAUACAGACGAGCGUUAAUCUUCUCAUUUCGUCGUAUUCGACUUCUGGGCGAUUUCUUUACGAAAUUCGUGCAGCGUCUUUGUAUAUUAUAUUUCGUGUUUCACUGCAUCGACCAUCAAGGUUAUUUUUUAACGCUCUGGGAAUUGAUCAGAUACGAGACAGCGAACUAGGAACGUUUCGACGAACUACAUCCCUCAGAUUGGCAAAAUCAUCGAACUCAAGUACCGUCAAUAGCAAUCAAUCGUACGUGUCGUCGAACGAUGGAAAAUCAUCGGUGUCCAUAACAUGGACCCCAGAUAAAGGAGAUACCAUACCAGUUCGGCCCGCCAGGCACUCCGCACCUGCGAUCGACGCACCUGCGCCGGAAUACCUCGCCAGAAAUCUUCUGCAGCUUGGCUGUCCCGCCGUGUCAAUGCCCACACCUCGUGGAGGAGUAGGAUCUGAGCCUCCGCAGAGUAGCGACAGCGAUGAACAUUCGACGACGCAUACCCAACAGCAACAACAACAACAACAACAGCAACAGCAGCAUAGUCAUGGGCAUGGGUAUGGACAAGGACAGGUGGAUAUCUACAACUUGCCCAAAGUCCAGGUGUCGGGACCAUCGAACAUUGAUGAAUCCUCUUCCGUCGUCAAUGGGUCUGCGGGGUCCAUAGGAGCACGAUCCGCGCCCAGCACGCCUCUUCAAGCAGCUCCUGGUGCGCAACAAGCGGGCCAGCAGUCGAUUAGCGGUUCUCAGCUUACAGUAGCCGCUGCCAAUAAUUCGCAGCCACCAAGGAGCCCGAGCCACGCGGCCUUGAAAUGUAACGACAGUCAUCUUUCCAAACCGCUCAGUAGAAGUACACCAUCAAUGGCAGCUGGUGGUGUUGUGCAGACUCCAGGGAAGGUUAGUAGAUCUUCGUCCACAUCGUCGCCAACGACUACCAGCAGCGCGAGACAGAAGAAAUUCCACAGGCAUUUCUCUCAGGUUGCUGCGGAUGAACGGGUAUUAAACUACUACAGUUGCGCGCUGGUAGGCGACAUCUUGUUGCAAGGACACCUGUACAUUACACCAAAUUAUUUCGCGUUCUAUAGUAACGUGUUCGGCUAUGUAACGAAGCUUUUGAUACCUACAGUUUCCGUGUUGAAGAUCAGUAAAGAAAAGACAGCACGAAUCAUUCCAAACGCUGUGGCAAUCGCCACCGAAGAGGAGAGGCACGUGUUCUGUUCUCUUCUAUCCAGAGACUCGACCUUCAAGUUGAUGAAACAGGUUUGGGACGCUGCGCUGGAACCACAACCGUCGCCAACGAUUCUACCGUUGACCACAGAGCAGAAGCUCCUCACCCCAAACGCGUUGGUUGUCGAUGAUUCCGAGGUGAACCCGGAGGAAGAUGAUUCUAGCAUGUCUGAAAGCGGGACAGAUCUGAACUCCAGACCGCCGACCAUCUGCACCGACACCGAUGCUGUCCCAUUGAAAAUUGUCAGGCCUAGUUUGCCACCACCUACAAAGGUGGAACCACCAUCGGUGCCGAUACUUCCAGCAACGUCCAACAACUCCAACGCUGUUUUGUCCUUGUUCACGGGUAGAUUGAGAACUAGCACAGUGAUCACCAUACUGAUAGUAGUCCUAGCAGCUCUAUAUAUGUCGGCGGCUUUGAUGAUGAUUCGCAUCGACAGGUUACAUACGGCGUAUCUCAACCAUCCGUUUGUUUCGCCGGAACGUUUCACUCAGGAUCGACUUUUGCAUUACCUUAAUACAAACAUUGAUCAAAUAGUAAAGGUACGACAGAGUCUACAGAUGUUGUCGCAGCAGUUCGUGUCGAUGAGCCAAAAUAGAGAAACCGAGCCGAGCGUGUCCGGUGGCAUGUUGGAACCGGAAGACGCUCCGAGUUAGCCCCCGACGAAGCUAAAUAAUUUAAUGCAACCAAAUAAUAUGAGUCCCCGUCGCCUCGCUAGCGUAUGAAGCGUUUCGUAUUAAUUUAUUAUCGGCGUGCGAAAACGAUCUCGAUUCGAUCAAUUAAUUAACGGUGUCGCUUCGACGGUCCUUAAUAGGCAAUUAUUAUCGUUAGACUAUCUAGACUUACUUGGACAGGUUUCGGAGAUAAUAGGUUAUUUAAAGUAAAAGAACAAAACAGACAAAAAGAAAGUAAAUUAUACACUGAAAAUUUUUCAAACGCAGGGAUCGCAACGAUAGUAACGGUCCUUCUACACUUAGAUUGGGAGAGCAUGCGUAACUCGAUUCUUAAUUUUCAGUCACGCUUGCAGAAUUUAAAUAAGAUGCUUAAAGGCUGUAACAAACGAAGUAAAUAUAAAAUAGAAAAAAUAUAAGGAGCGUCGUAUAUACGAUAUACGUGUACGAGUGUGUACUAGACAAUUAUAUGUACGACAAGAUGAUGCGAAAUGAAUUGAUGAAUAUGGAGUAGAAGAAAAAAAGAAAUAUUUGAACACGCAACGCGAGCGAAGGGAUUUUCGUUUUUGAAAACUAGUCACGUAUUUAUAUAUGCCCCACAUACAACAAGAGUAUAAUGAA